ACGUGCCAUAUGGCAUAUGUGAUGUUAGACUAACAGCAUCAGGUAGAGAGCACCGUCAUUGUUUUCUAGAUUGCCUUCCAGUGCACACAUGUCAGGGAAAAAGUUAAUUUCUCAUGUCAACUAUGAUGAUGGGGGAGGGGGUCGUUUCCUUUCAUAAGGAAAAGCACACCUGGUAUUGGAAAACAAUUCUUUGCUUGCAGGCAAAAUGAGGAAAUGUCUUAAAUGUAAUGCCCAGAGUCCCCUGGUGCUGGAUGGAGUGUGGCUUGAGUGACCGCCCUCCUCGCUUCGCACAGAGCGGUUGCUGUUGUUGUACGUGCAAUGCUUUGCAUGGCUUACCUCUCCUAAUUCCCACAACCACCAUAGGAGGUCGUAUCCCCAUUAUCUGCAUCUUCGAUAAGGAACGUGCAUGGCGGAGCUAAGAUUCAGUGGAGGCUUCCUCCCUGAAGACGCAGUGUGUUCUCAUCAGCAACCAGGCUGCCCUCAGUUUAGGGGAAUAAUUAACUUCCUGGAGUUGGGGAAACUUGAAAGGAAUGCAGGAGGAAGUAUCUGCAAGAGAAAGAACUUCCGGCGUGAAGCACAGACCCCCAGGGCACUCGGGCUGGUUUGUGGCUGCGGUUAUGGACGUGUGUCUGAGCUCCGAGCUGCGGGAAGCACCGUGCACCCCAGAUGGCUGCUUAGAGCCGGCGGCGGCGGCGGCGGGGUCUCUCCAGGAGGAUGGCACCGGCGGACCCCCAGGAGAUUCUAACAAGAUAGAACCAUCUCUGCAUAGCCUCCAGAGAUUUGUCCCUACAGAUUACGCCAGCUACACGCAGGAGCAUUACCUGUUUGCCGGCACAAAGAUCGUCAUCCAAGAAUCCAUAGAGAGCUAUGGAGCGGUGGUGUGGCCCGGGGCUACGGCUUUGUGUCAGUAUUUGGAGGAACAUACAGAGGAACUGAAUCUCCAAGAUGCCAAGAUACUUGAGAUUGGUGCUGGACCAGGCCUUGUCUCCAUUGUGGCCAGUAUUUUAGGAGCUCAAGUCACAGCAACGGAUUUGCCUGAUGUCCUAGGAAACCUUCAAUACAAUCUUUUGAAGAACACAUUAAAACGUGCAGCAUAUCUGCCGGAAGUGAGAGAGCUGGUUUGGGGAGAGAGCCUGGAGCAACACUUCCCCAAGUCGACGUUUUAUUACGACUAUGUUCUGGCCUCGGACGUGGUCUACCACCACUACUUCCUGGACAAGCUGCUCACCACCAUGGCGUACCUUUGUCAGCCAGGGACGGUGUUGCUUUGGGCAAACAAAUUCAGGUUCAGCACCGAUUACGAAUUCUUAGAUAAAUUCAAGCAAGUUUUUGACACAACACUCUUGGCUGAAUUUCCAGAGUCAUCAGUCAAAAUUUUCAAAGGAAUACUAAAAUGGGAUUAAAUUAAACAGAAUGCCUUUCGAAACAUUAGUGUCUUUUGAGCAGUGUUGGAAACUGUAUUGUCAAUAAAAGACUUGUGAGAUCGAGAAGGUAGUGCAUAAAAACGACUUGUAUGCCUAGAUAAACAUAAUUUAAUAUUACAGCAGCUUUCUAAAAUAACCUAUUUAAGAUUAUCUGUUUAAUCUAAAUAUCUACAAAGAGUAAUAUGAAAACUUAAAAGUAGCUGUGUUGGCUUCCAAAAAGUCUCAAUUGUUUAACAAACUUUACGUGAAUAAAUUUGUAAACAAAUGGAUUUCCCCCUUGUUCUUUCUACUGCAAAUCUGUCAAUACUACACUUUGGUCACAUGCUUUU